UUUUCUUCUGCAGCCAGGUACUCUUGCCCGGGCCUUGACCAUUGUUCCAACCCCCAGCGCAUACUCUGCUGACUGGAUCUGUACCUUCUUUGUUCAUCAUGCGGCCGUUGACCGAAGAAGAGAGCAAGGCUGUCUUCACGAAGCUGGCGAACUACGUCGGCAAAAACCUUGUUCAUCUCGUCGACAGGCCAGAUGAGCCGUAUUGCUUCAGACUGCAAAAGGAUCGCGUCUUCUAUGUGUCGGAGUCCUCCAUGCGACUGGGCAUAUCUGUGGCUCGUCCAAAUCUCGUCAGCCUUGGGACAUGUUUUGGAAAAUUCUCAAGGAGUGGGAAGUUCAAGCUUCACAUCACUGCUUUGGACUACUUGGCGCAGUAUGCCAAAUACAAGGUCUGGAUCAAACCGAAUGGAGAGAUGCCAUUCUUAUACGGCAACCAUGUGCUGAAGGCGCACCUUGGAAGAAUCACGGAGGAUACGCCCGAGCACCAGGGAGUUGUCGUGUUCAGCAUGAACGACAUACCAUUAGGGUUUGGUGUCACGGCGCGCUCUACUAUUGAUACCCGUAAAUUAGACCCAACGGCAAUUAUUGUAUUCCACCAAGCGGAUGUUGGUGAAUACCUUCGUGAUGAAGAGACAUUGUUCUGAGACUCUACGUCUUACAUGUCUUUCCACUGGUCUUUCAUUAAGAGGCCAGAGUCAUUCUCUAUUCCGCGUAAUGAAGUGCUCGGCCGGUUAUAGGGACGCCAAAAGUACACCUCGUAUCUGUUCGCAUGGGACUUGUCGUUGCUUGUAUCAUAUGGGGUAUUUCACGCAUGUAGAACAAUGUACAACAUUUGCGUGGUA